AUGGAACAGUCUAGAGAUUUAAUUCAAAAAUGUAUCAUCGAGGAAAAAAUUGAAUAUUAUGAAUAUUCUAAUUUUAAUAAUGUUAGACGUAUUGGAAGUGGAGGAUAUGCUAAGAUUUAUUAUGCUGUUCUUUUGAAUCAUACUGAUGUCGCGCUAAAAUUAUUUAAAAAUAAUAACGAUAAAGUUACCAUUAAAGAAGUUGUUAAUGAGAUUAAAUUACAUCGUAAAGUAAACGUAAAUUCUAAUAUUAUUCGCCUACUUGGCGUCACCAGAUAUGAAGGUAAAGGUGGAACAAAUUCACGCCUUACGAACUACAUGCUUGUUCUUGAAUAUGCUGAUAGCGGAACUUUAAGAUCUUAUCUGCAUAAAAAUUUUAAACAUCUUUCCUGGGACGAUAAGAUUGAUCUUGCCUGGCAGAUCGCCAGAGCAAUUAGAUGUUUGCAUGCCGAAAAUAUUGUGCACCGUGAUUUGGGUGUUAGAGAAGAAGUUAUUAAAGGAACUCCGCCCGCAUAUGCAAAAAUCUAUGAAGAUUGUUGGCAAGUCAAUCCUAAUAUACGCCCAACUAUUGAAAAAGUUUUUUCGGAUUUAAAUGCUUUAAAAGUUAAUAAUGAAGAUCAAAUGAAGAUAGACGCUUCUCAGAAGUCAUGUAGUUCGCAAACUGAUCCAUUAGAAAUUGACUUAAAUGAUGUUACAGAUUUGAAUAAUCGUGGGUUUUUAUGUCAAUGUAUGGGAAGAUAUGAAGAAUCGCUCUAUUUUUUUAAUAAAGCAUUAGAAAUCAGUCCAGAUAGCGCUACAAUAUUAAGUGAACGUGGGUCAACAUAUCGAUAUAUGGGAAAAUAUGAAGAAUCACUUGCGGAUUUAAGUAAAUCGUUAGAAAUUAGCCCAGAUGAUGCCAUAACUUUAAACAAUCGAGGAUUAAC